AGUAGUCCUAGCCAGGACCUAAGUUGUGAUGAGAAAUCAGUCCAGAUACUUGAUCGCAAGAUUCAAGUUUUACGAGGCAAUAAUAUUGUUCUCGUCAUGUAGUGGAACCAUCACAGGAUGGAAAAGGCCACAAAAGAGAUGAAUGAAACGAAUGACUAGUAUCACAAGAUAGAAUACCAGAUAUGCAAUUCCGAGGACGGAAUUUUUAUAAGGAUGGAGGAAUGUAAUACCCCGUUUCCCCGAGAUAAAUUUAGAAUUUAUUUUGAACUUAGAAGUCAGGAUGAUUCACGCCGGAUAUAAAGAAAAUAAAUUUAUUUUUAAUUCCAACAAAAAUAAUUUACAAAAACAUUUGUAAAUUUAGUUAUUAAAUUUAUGUGCGUCGCAUAUUUAUUUAAUUUAGCAUUCAAAGCAUUUUUGCGAGCAUUUAGUCAGCAAACCCUGAAGAAUUAUUACAGUUUUCAUAGUAUAACCCGGAAGACUUUAUUUUAUUAUAUUUAAUUUCUCCACCAAAUUUCCCACAUCUACCUACUCUUCCACCUCCUCCAUGACAGCCAUGCCACCUUCCUUUACACCUCCUUUCCACCUCCAUGACAGCCCUUUACACUUAACAUCCACUUUCAAAUUUCACUUAACAUCACUGCAGCCAAGUCAUUCCUCCUCCUACGCCAUAUCCCCUUCUCCUACAAAUCCGACAGCAAAUUCAUUCUCCCAAUCUCCAAAAUCUUUCAACAUUCAUUAUAUAUUUAUUUUCCACUCAAGAGAAGCUCAAAAGAAAUCCAGACAACAACGACUCAACUCCAUCCAAAAUUCCUUAAGGCUUUGUGGACCAAGGGGAUUAGCACUGCUUUCCCAAGACAGGUUAUGUGAUUAUGAUCUUCAGGCUUUGCCUAUCCAGGUUGAGCAGCUGAUGGAAUGGAAUGAUGUUGAGCGGGUGUUCCUUUAACAUUUCAAGAAAUGUAACCUUGAGUAUACAUCUUCAUAUGUAUAUCUCACACGUUUUCCGCUGCAAAACACUUUGAUUAGGAUAACUUUAUGUUAUGAAAUUGUGACACGUGUUAUUGAGUAACCCACCUUAAUCAGUUCUCAUUUAUGUGUAUGUUUUAUAAGUAUCCAAAUAAUCAUAUAUGAUCCCAGCAUUUUAUCUAUGAGUGACAUUUCCAUAUACUUUAAUGUUAAGUAAUUGUCCAUUUC